AUGUUCGAUGAAUCUAAUGCUGAUGUUGAAAAGGAUCUUGUACUACUAUCGCAUACAAAUGAUGAAAAUCAGGGUGCAGAAUACACUUGGUCCCAAAGUUCAGCUGGUUGUGAUAUGUCAUCUAUCUCAUCUGAUCAGCAAAAUCAGGUAGCUGUUGUCCAGGCCUUAAUGGAUCUCAAUGCUUCUGCGCACAUUUCGUAUCCCAGCACCGAUACAUACUCACAACAAAACUAUCCAUUUGAAGUACCCCAAAAGUAUGAAAAAAAAUCAUGCAACUGCGCCAAGUCUCACUGUCUAAAAUUAUAUUGCGAGUGUUUUGCAAAGGGGCAGUCUUGUGACGGCUGCAAUUGCUCUAACUGUAUGAACAAUUUCAACUUUGAGGACGAUCGAAGAAAGGCAAUAAAAUCGACACUUGAAAGAAAUCCAUUGGCGUUCUACCCAAAGAUAGGUUCCUCUGUACGAAAACAUUCUAAGGGAUGUAACUGUAAGAGAUCGAAUUGCUUAAAAAAUUACUGCGAAUGCUAUGAAAAGGCAAAAAUAAGUUGUUCAGAUCUCUGCAAAUGCAGAGGAUGUCGAAAUUUUAUCAAACCUUCCCAUCCAGAUCCGGUACAGAGUGCCGACUCUGAAAUUUUUUCUCAAUUUUACGAGAAGUUCUUUGCUGCAUGCAUCACGUCAGAAGUAAUUGAGGUGGCCUGCUCUUGCAUGCUUUCUCAGUUGUUUACGGCCAAUCAACGCAACAUGUCGGACACUGAUCAAGAGCAUGUAGUGCUUGCUGAGUUUGCUAAAUGCCUCAAUCAUAUUUUAGAAUCCGUAAAUAAGGUAAUCGAAGUGUUUAUAUACAAAAUUACGGUUCCUGUGCAGCUUCGAAAUGCGCGAUUUUCCGUUGGAAAUUGCGGAAAAGAAGUGUCAGCUCCCUCUCCUUCCUAUAGCCCGCGGGUGACUGAAAAGCCUAUCGCUUGUGUAUAUCCUUCGUAUCCUUUGCAAAACGGCACAUAUGUGGUUCCAUCAGAGUUUCCAAUUUCACUGCCUUAUUCCGCUGGCAAUAGCCCCGAUGUGACAUGUGGCAUAACCACCUUGCAGGAUGUAGUUUCAACUGCUCAGACGUACGGUGGUUACGAUGACUUUCUUGUCUCAUCAGAAAUGUCCGAGGCCUCGCUACCCCAAUAUGAUCCUAAUUAUGCAAAUUUCCAAACGGUAUUGUCGCCAGGCUUGGGCGACGCCUCUAACGCAGUGGAGUUAUCUGGCCUCACAGAAACAAUGGAGAACGAUCCAAACGGUCCAACCAUCAUCAUACCUCACGGCAUGCUCUCUUCGAGCCUUUCUGAACUUCGAAGUCAUUUAUUACCAUCUUCAGCGCCAUCAUCACCACUACCACUGCAGCAAUCAGCUUACCCACUUGAGCAUCGGUCCUUCUUCAUGGCCUCUUCCAAUAAUACCGUCUCAUGUGAAGAUACGAUCUGCUACCCCCUCACCUAUUCAACGGAGGCUAAUCUUGCCGCAGCCGCCAUAAGUUCCGAAGUCGAUCCCACCCUUGCGGCUGACCGUAGUGGAGUUUGCAAUUACAGCGAUGACUUCGACGAUACUGGUGGUUAUGAAUGCACUGAAGCCUCCGAUGGGUGUUUCCAUCCUAACAUGCUUGACCUGGCCUACUACUCGUUUUCGACCCCUUUAGAUCUGAUUCCAGCCAAAUUUUAA